UUUUCAGUAUGAGCUUUGAUCCUCUUUCAUUAUUCACUCCCAAGCAAGUAGAUCAAGUGGAACCUGAAGUCACUGUGCAGCAUCCUCAUGAUGAUAUAUUUGUACAGGUCUCUCCUGAUAUGGCUGAAGAAGCUGAAGACUACUUGAUUCCUAUUCACAUUCUUGAUUUACCGAUGCUCAAAAUGAAGCCUCCCGCACAUGUUCUCUUAUUGUUUUUGAAGCUAUUGGCAGCAGAUGAAGUGUGGAACUUCAAGCAACAUCAGCAGAACCCCAGGGACCUGAUGGCCCUUUUUCAAGAAAAGCUGGUGAGUUUAGACUUGGUUCAUUCCUCCCUUGCAUGGCUUUCAUCUCACAGUACUAGAUUCAAUACAAUGGUAAAGGUGGGGUACCUACCUAUGUUAAGCAUUAACUUGAAGAAAACCAAUGAAUAUAAUGACUGGCUAACCCGUAUAAUAUCCAGUGAUCUAAAAUGGUUGCAAAAAGAAGAAAUAGAUGAAAUUCAGAAAGAAGCUAGCUUGAGAAUAUCUGAAAAUUGUGGUAGAACAGCCCAACCAGACAUCAUUCGUAAAAUUAAACUCGAUAAUAUGAAUCAGAUUCAACGUGAUUACUUAAAGUUAAAGGAACCAUCUUUAACUAGUGACAACUUAGGAUUGAAGACCUGGGGCUCAUCUUUAAUCCUCUCGCAAAAAUUACUAAAUGAGAGGUCUUUACUCCAAGAACCAAUUCUUGAACUAGGAGCUGGCACAGGUUUAGUCGGUAUAGUUUGUCUCCUAUUAGGGUUUAAGAAGGUUUUUUUAACAGAUUUGGAAGAGAUCCUUCCAAACCUCAAACACAAUCUAUUGAUUAACCAGGUGGAUACCGAGGUUGAAGAGUUGGAUUGGAAUGAUCCAACUGGCUUUCUUGUGAAACAUUCCCAAAUAAACUUCAAAACAAUCAUCCUUAGUGACCCUAUUUACUCAUCUGAUCAUCCAGCACUAAUUCAUAAGGUGCUUAAAAAAUUCACUGGUCCACAAACACAUGUCUUGAUUCAAGUUCCACUAAGAAGAAACUAUGAAGACGUUAGAGAGACACUUUGGAAUCUCCUCGACCAAUCUUUUACUCCGAUUGAAACUAGUAUUGAACUAGGUGCUGACGAAUUUGGAGAUGUCGAAUAUUGUUUCAAGAGGCUUGUAUUAAAAUAAAUAUUCCCUAUACGUAAUCCUUCAACAGUCUAAUUCUUUCUACAGCGUUUUGCAAAAAUUCGUCAUCUUUGCAAACGGCAAAUCUAAUACAUCUCUCUAAUCCACUACCUUCUCUAGAAGUAGGUUGGAGAAAUUCGGUUGGGGGGAUACCCACUAUUCCAAAUUCAUAAAUUAACCAGUAUGCCAAUUUGAAAUCAUACGUCUUGUUCUUGAAUGAUUCUGGAUAUUGGUAAUCAGUUGGGACCUUUAAUUUCAGCAAGUUCACCAACAAAAAGUAUCCUCCGGCAGGUUCUGUGUAUGGUAAUCCCAAUUCUUGAAAUACCUUGGUGAAAAGUUCGUACUUUUUAAGGUACGCUUUUCUUGUAAGAGCAAAAUAAUCUCUUUCGUCAGACUUGGUAAAAGCUUCACUCACAGCUUGUUGUAAAGGAGCUGGUGUUGAGAAACAGAUUCUAGUGUGAGCAGAGAUUACAUACUUAAUCAAAUCAGAUGCCCCAAUAACCCAACCAAUUCUCCAACCAGUUGCCGCAAAGGACUUCCCAGCAGAUCCGACCGUCAAUACUCUAUCUCUUAAUUCUGGUAAAUUCUUCAAAGUGGCAGGUCUUGGAAAAGUAGCAUCGUAGUACAAAUUUUCGUACACUUCAUCACUCAACAAGAUCAAGUUGUUGGCGAUACAGAGCUUUCCAAUUCUUUCAAGUUCUUGUUCAUUGAACACUUUUCCAAUUGGGUUAUGAGGGGUGUUAAUGACAAUAAUUUUGGUUUUGGGGGUGAUUGCACCUUCUAAUUGAUCCCAAUCAACUUCCCAGUCAUCCCCAGUAACGUUUUCAGAGUCAAACUUGGAGGGAUAUUUGAGAUUUACAUACUUAACUUUAGCUCCUGUCAUCUCAAUGUUAGGAAUGUACUGAUCAAAGAAUGGUUCAAAAACGAUCACUUCGUCACCAGGAGUCAAGAAUCCAAAAAACACUGAAAGCAUUCCUUCAUUUGCACCAGUAGUAAUGGAGAUCUGAUUAUCUUCAAUUGGAUAUCCAAAAUCCUUAGAGUAUUUGGCUUUCAAACUUUGAACCAAAUUAGGAUUACCUUUUGCUGGAGCAUACUGGUUGAAUUGAGGCUUCGAAAUUGCGUUGUUAACUGACUCAAUAGCAAAGUCUGGAGGAUUGUAAGAAAAAAAACCUUGGCCCAAGUUGUAGAGUGGCCUAUCAGGUCUUUUUAAAGUUGCAUCGUGAGCAGCUUCGUUAAUCAAACUCCAGAUAUCUUUCUCACCUUCCCCCUUGUGGAAGUAAGGAUUGUGUAAAGAAGAGGCCUUUCCUGUAGUCAUAUUUCUUAUGCUUUUGUAAUGUAUUGUAUUAAAUAGUCUGCAGCGCCAAAAGUUCAUUCAACAAGCACCAGAAAAAGUUCAAGCAGAU